UGUAUGCAACCAAACCAUUUGAAUUGUUCUCGUCUGACAUUAGCUUUCUUUGAAGUCUCUUCUUUCCACUUUACUCCUCCCAUUUCCUUCCUUCUCCUGAGCAAGAGGUGGUGGGAGGAGACGGCAGGGAUGGGAGUAGAAGGGAGGAGGGAGGUGGUGGUGGUGUGUGGUGAGAAGAUGAGUGCAGGGAUAACCAUUUGGGACCUCGAGACUGGGGAGGAGCUCAUGAGGAUACCGACAUGCGCCUCACCUCCUCGUGGCUUCCUCUGCAUCAAGAACCACCUCCUUGUGGCCUCCCAGCUCCAAAAGCAUCGACAGUUUGGCGGUGGCGCCGUCUUCUUCUGGCCUUUGAACAAGCCUCAAGCUCCUCAAAGAAGCUAUCCAAUGGAGGCUAUUGGACCCAUUGCUAGCUCCAAGGAUGGUAUAUAUCUUGCUGGUGGAGCUCCUUCUGGCAAUGUAUAUAUAUGGGAGGUUCCAAGUGGAAGACUGCUUAAAAACUGGCAUGCUCAUCAGAAAUCUACAAGCUGUUUAACCUUCUUCCCUGAUGAUUCUUUUCUUAUUUCUGGUUCUGAGGAUGGUAUAAUCUGUGUUUGGUCUAUGAUCAGUGUACUAGAUGUUGCAGAUCCUCAAGCAUGUCAGAGCUUUUCUCCUUUCCACAUUUGGUCAGAGCAUGGAUCCUCUAUCACUGGGCUAUCACCAGUGUGUGAUGGUGCUAAUCUAUUGCUGAUAUCAAGCUCUCUUGAUGGCACUUGCAAGGUAUGGGACCUUAUUUUGGGAAGGGUACUGCAAACCCAUGUCUUUUCAGGAGCUGUGACUGCGAUGGUAGUCGAUCCAGGAGAGCAACUACUAUUUUCUGGAAAUGAAGAUGGUAGAAUUCAUGUUACCGAACUCAAUAUUGGACUGCAAGAAAAUCCAACAGUGGUUUCAGAGGAUGAUUCUGGAGUUUUAUGUGGACACAAGGAAACAAUCACUGCUUUAGCAUUUAGUUCAGGGGGCCUAUGGUUGAUUUCUGCAUCAAAGGAUUGCACUGCUUGCCUCUGGGAUGUCAAAACUUGGCAUGUUGUUCGAAAAUUCAGUCAUGGAAAAUGUUCUAUAAUAAAUUUAUUGGUGAUCCCACAAUUUUCACUCUCUGUAUCAGAGAACAACAGAAAUUGCCAACGGCCUCGUGCCUCUCAAUUGGACAAGGCUCCUCAGCUAAACACUGCACCACAGGGAACAGUGGCUUUUCUACCAACAUAUUGUUCUCAAGAAGAUCAUGUUCUGAUCCCCAGUUUUCGAACCUCUAGACUUACGAAUAGGCACAUUCUUGAUCUGGAGCAAGGGAGGACCCAGGAGGCAAUCCAACUGAAGGUGGAGGCAUGUGUGGAGAACCGGCAAUUGGCUGUCAGAAUGACAAAGAACAUGGUGUCCAUUAACAAAGUCCUGCAGUCACGUUUAUUAGAUUUGAUGCAACUUCGGCUGCGCAAUGCUUCUAAGGUUGCUUUCUCAGGUAGGAGAGUGCAGACUAAUGGGCCUGAGGAAACAAGACAGCAUCCUGAGUGAAGAAGAUUGGAAAAUAUAUAUUCUCAUUUUGGUCACUACAAAUGGUGUUACAAUUCGUAGAUUUGCAUUCACCGAAUGAUUCUGUGUGCUUGCAUAGUUCAGUUUUGUUAUUUUAUGGAUAUGCAUAGUAUAUUAGUAUUUCAUCUUUUCA